GUUUCCGUGCUGGUCGGACCGGUUCAAAUUAUGCAGUCGGUGUAAUUAUGGUCAACCGAUCUUUCACAUGGGAACCUGCAACAUGAGCGGUAAUCGUUAGUGUGAUGCAGCGGCCCCGAUAGAGCUGCGAAAUCUGGAAACAAGAUGGCGUCUGUUAACAAGAUGGCGUCUGUUAACAAGAUGGCGUCUGUUGUGUUGACAGUUUUCCUACUUGUUUACGCCACACACGUCAUAGUGGGCCAAGAAAUAGUCAAAGACUACAUGAUCAUUGAACCCGAAUUCAAAGUGGUACCAAAAAAUACCAUCUUCAACGCCGAGCUGGGGAUGAACUACACGAAGUUCAGCUGCCGAGCCAAAGGUAUCCCCGACCCGCAGUACAUGUGGCUCCAGGACGGCAUCCAGUUGGACCUCACCACCGAUCCAGAAAAAUAUGUGCUGACCGGUGGUGAUUUGUACAUCUACAGCCCCACAUUGGGACGCGACGAUUCGACUUACCAAUGUGUCGCCUACAACAGCGCAGGCGCAGAGUUGUCGCCAGGAGGGGUACUGACGUUUGCAUUCGUCAAGUCCUUCGAUAUGACGCCGCGUGACGCAAAGAACGUGGACGAGGGACAGGGGUUUUCUAUUUCCUGUAAUCCGCCAGACAACUACCCAGGACUGACCUACACCUGGUACAAAGACACGCCUGCGCAAAGAGUACCGCCAGACGAGCGAAUCUUCAUCUCCUACCAAACGGGGAAUCUUUUCAUCAAGAACGCCAUCGCGGCGGAUUCCGGUGACUACUACUGUCUGGUACAGAACAUCAUGAUUCAGGUACCGAACACAGGCAGUAUAGCAGACAGGUCAAGCCCUCCUACUACUGUGAAAGUCAGAGCUGGACCCGCUCUGGAUGCGGCCCCAACAAUAGUCUGGAGUGAGAAGGUAGAGGUAGUGGAAGGCGGGGAUGCGUUCAUAGAAUGUUUCGACUUCUCAUACCCGAGCUCGAACCAGGUUUGGAAGAGAAUCGACCCCGGCUCAAACCAGGAGAUCCCCCUACCGAGGAGCGCCCGGUAUGACAGUUUCGGUCACGUGCUGCUGAUCCUGAAGAUCAAGCCUGAAGAGGGCGGGACGUACCGGUGUGUCGCCGACAACAGACACGGGGCCAGCACCAAGGACAUCGAGGUGGUAGUAAAAAUUUUGCCGAAGCUGAAGCCCCUGCCGGCCAUACAGUCGAUCGUGCCUGGUGGCAGUAUAACCUGGGAGUGUGAGGUCGAUAGAGGAACACCUCCUAUAGCCUUCACAUGGUUCGCCGACAGCGAUCCUCUACAAACACAACCUGACAAUAAAUUCGUCGUCACAGGAGCCACACUAACUAUCAAUGAUCUAGACAUCACAGACGAAGGAAGAUACCAGUGCCUGGCUAUAAGUGAAUAUGGUGUUGACCACACGUCGACUCUUCUGGAACUAUCUAGUCCCAAGAUCCGGGCGAAGAUCGCGACCCAGCUGGCCCCCCGCGGGACAGACUACGAGGUGUACGUGCGGUGGGAGUGCUCCCCGGUACCGACAGUGGAGUGGACCAACGAGCGGGGGGACGUCAUCGCUACCAGAGACCUAACUACUGGCGCUGUGGUGGUGAAGUCGGCAAAGUACAAUGUCACAGCCUUGGGCACGCUGGUCAUAAAUAACGUGCAGGACUCAGACAGAGGGGCGUACACGUUCAAGAUCACUAACCAGUACGGACAGGUCUCCGACACGGGUCUGCUGAAGGUUGUGGACCCCGCCCGGCUGUCCACCAGACGUGCCCCGGGUAACAUCAGUGUGAACCUGGGAGCCAGAGGGACGGUGCGGUGUGACGGGACGGUUCCCAAGCCGCUGGAGAGAGUCUUCGUCUGGACCGUGAACGACAGGAUCAUCAACUUCGACGCGCAAUCAGACCUGUACGGACGGGGAGGGGCUGGAGACUUGGUCAUAAAGAAUGCAGUUCUACAACAGACAGGUAGAUACACGUGCGCCUUGGAGACACCUGCACAUCGAGACAGCGGACAGACCGGAGCUGUCACGGUCAAAGCCCAGAGUGCGGCACCAGUAGGAGUGAAGAUCGUGCGGACAGACCAGACCUCGGCGGUAGUCCGUUGGGUUCCCUCCGCGGACAACGGUGCCCCGUGCGCCCAGUACAUCAUCGAGGCUCAGAGCGAGUGGGACAAGAGCCUGCUGAGACCGGACCCACGCUGGUGGUACCAGCCGCCGCUGUGGAACCAAGUCUGGCGGGGAACGGCGAAACAGGCGUCCGGGCCAGACUCGUCUGGCGGCUACUCUGCUAACAUCACGGGUCUGUACCCUGACACGGAGUAUAGCUUCCGGGUCAUGUGUGCCAACACCUUCGGAGUCAGCAGACCCAGUGUGCCGUCAGCUAUCAGGAGUACCCUACCGUCCCGUCCUUUGACUGCGCCAACCAACCUUGGCUACCAACCCGGGGCCGUAGGGAACCUCAUACUUACAUGGAAGCCUAUCCCACGCCCAAAGUGGGGUUCAGACAACAUCUCGUAUGUCCUGAGCGUCCGACCCAGAGACAAGGGCCGUGUGGCCAGGGCCGACCCGUGGACAACCGUUCACUUUAACAACUCCAAUCCUAACUUCUACGUGUACAACCGACCCCGGCCCAACCCUAACCAGAGGUUUGACGCUAAGAUAUACGGCUUCAAUGAUUAUGGAAAUGGACCGGAAGUCACCUGGCCAGCGUAUGCCUCUGCCGGAAAACCACCAGCUAUGGUAAAGCCACGCUGUGCUGCGACCACCAACGUGUCAGCUCUGCUGGAGUUCGACAUGCCCAGGAACUACCCGGCUAGCAUGGUCAGCUACUACGGCGUGCUGUUCUACACAGGGAAAGACGACAGAAAGAAAAAUGAAACUCGCGAGAAGAUACUAUUGUAUGAUGAAAGUAGCUACAAAAGAAGGAGGCUCUACCCUGGUGUACACAAUCAGCCGCCAUAUGUGACUCCAAGCCAGGGAAAACAGAGUUUCGCGCUUAUCAACCUCAAGCCGAGUACGCUCUACAACUUCAAGAUAUACGCCCGGAGCGGUCCGUACAUGGGUACCUUCAGCGAUGGGUGGUUCAGCUGCACAACACAGCGAGCAAAGCCGAUCGCACGACGUUUUGACUGGUGGUUGCCCACAGUGUUCAUAGUGUUCAUAGUACUCCUGAUCUUGAUUCUACUUCUGCUCUGCUGUGUAUUCGCCUAUCUCUACAAGCACAAGUUGCUGUGUAGGAAAAAGAAGCCGGAUGAAAUUCCCUUGACAGAGAUUGAUGUCAUGACCAAACCACAUGUAGACAAACUGCGUUAUUACUCCAACACCAUCACCAGGCACAUCAACCCACACAAGGUCGCGGACCGACUUGUGGCAAAAGAGGCUCUACCAGUUCACAUGGCAGGUGAUGUGAAGAGAAUCAGGAAUCCGAAGUUUUCCACUAACCAUCUCCUGGGCAUCCUUGUGAAUCGACCAGAUGCCACCUUCUACCACUUCAGCAACGCCGUCAGACCAGAACACCCCUGGCUCUCCGACCUACUGGAGGAUACACAACCUGAAAUGACUGCAGAGCACAGGAAGAUGUUGGAGAACUAUGAGAUAGCCAUGUCUCCCAACACGGACCCCAUUCCCAUUGUUGACCACUUGGUAAAGACCAAUUACCUAAAUCCAUCUGAAGAAAAGGAAAUCAAGAAGUUGGACACCAAGGCAGACAUGCACAGCCGUGUUCUCCAGUUACUCCAGGACCGACCCGACCCAGCCUUCCACGAGUUCCAACAGACCCUUCUCGGAAACAACGUUCCUGAGGAGAUGGUUGUAGCGGCUGCUGAUGUGAACAUGGCGGCGGCUCCUCCUCUGCUUUCCCCGGCUCCGCCCAUGAUGUCCCCACGGCACGGGUUCGAGGAGCUGUCCGGCAGUACUAUAGAGGUGGAUGAUGGCCAGCCUGUCAUCAUUGAAAUCAACGGAUACGCCACGAACGUUCGCUGGUUCUAUGAGGAUAUUCCGUUGGAAAACACGCCUGACUACCAACAGACUAGCGAGGGAGACGAGAUGCACUCUAUUUUUAUCUCAUCGGUGACCAAAGUGAACCAGGGUUGCUACACGUGUGUGGGGAAUACUGAGUUUGGUGAGGUGAGGUGUGAUAUCUUCAUCAGCGCGCUGAUGGUCUGGGCGCAGUUCGAACCCAGUAUCACCCUGAGCCCGACCGCACAAGUCUUCAACCCGCAAGACCCGAGACAGACUGUCGUGCGUUUCCAGUGUCAGGCCGAGAGCGACCCUCCCCCUCAGUACUCCUGGGAACGAGAUGGCGUGCCGGUGGACAUUUCCGCCGGAAACGGAAAGUACGUCAUCACUGGCGGUGACCUCAUCAUCAACAGUCCCACCAAGAGUGAUGACGAGGGAGAGUACCAGUGUCUGGCCAGGAAUGACGUAGGCGUGGAAGUCGGCAGUCCUGCUAGCCUGUUCUUUGCCUGUACGUAA